GCGGAGCGCUACAUUCUGCUUUAGUCGUGUGCGAGAGGAAACAGUGAAGGCAGAUCGUUACAGAAGUGAUCACGCAGAUGAAGCGGGCAGACACCCUUUAGUGUUUAAGAUGGCAUGGAUGCACCCUUUUCGCCAUUUAGGGGCUUGCCUGGGAAAAGAAGAAGAAGUGACUCUGCAGAAACUCCGAUUCCUUUCACGUCUGCGAGGAACGCGCCAUAAACGGGCUGCAUUUUUCAGAUCUGCAACGCGGAUGUAACGAAGUCAAGGGCGCUCUACAUUACUUCGCUGGCGGCUUUUACAACGUGACGUUUUUCACAACGCGUAUGUUGGCGGCUCCACGAAAAGCUGAGUGCCUCUUCAUAUCCGCGAUGAAUUAUACUAACGUAUCUCAUGUGCUGCGGUUUGCACCAAAGUACGAUAUGAAUACACUCCACGCAAACGCCUGAACUGCUGAGUUAAUGUCAGCGUGUAUUUGAGAAGGAAAAGGAGCCUUUUUUCCAUUACGUGGAUCCUGCAUUUUAUCCGGAAGGACUGGAACUUUUAGCGUUCUCACAUGAGUAAAGCAGGACUGAGAAACCAAGACAAAGAUUAACUGAAGGCGAUAAGAUCAAAACUUUCCGAAUCGAUGCUGUGACAAGACCCAGAGCCUGGAGUCCAGGUGGCACAAUAUCUCACUCCUGGGUCCUUCUACCUUUGACUGUAGUCAUUGCGUGGAUGCUGAGAAGCUACCCACAAUGUUGAAAUUCUUAUUUAUGGUUUUGGCACUGAUGACUUUGGUGGCUGUUUGACACACCUCGCUUCCUCCUUCUUCCUCAAGCCCUUUCCCCUCCCUCCCUCUCUCUCCACUUGCCCCUGUAUCCCUUCCUCGAAUAUUCCUCAAAUAGUCACGCUUCCCAGGAUGCUAAUCAAAGAAUACCGUAUCCCCAUGCCUCUGAGUGUGGAGGAGUACCGCAUUGCCCAGCUCUACAUGAUCCAGAAAAAGAGUCGUGAAGAGAGCUGUGGUGAGGGCAGUGGUGUGGAGAUCCUGGAGAACCGCCCAUAUACAGAUGGACCUGGUGGAAAUGGUCAAUACACACACAAGGUCUAUCACAUAGGCAUGCACAUCCCCAGUUGGUUCCGCUCCAUCCUGCCCAAGGCCGCUCUCAGGGUGGAGGAGGAAUCCUGGAAUGCAUAUCCAUACACACGUACACGAUACACUUGCCCAUUUGUAGAGAAGUUUUCAAUUGACAUUGAGACGUACUACAAAUCUGAUACAGGAAACCAAGCAGAUGUUUUUAAUUUGUCUCCGGUGGAGAGGAGGCAAAGAACUCUAGAUCUCAUUGAUGUAGUGAAGGACCCAAUCCCACCUCAUGAGUACAAAGCAGAAGAGGACCCUCGUAUAUACCACUCCAUUAAAACCAAUCGGGGGCCUCUGAAUGAUGACUGGAUUGAAGAUUUUGUGAAAGAUCCCAGCAAGUCACCAAUCAUGUGUGCUUACAAACUCUGCAAAGUGGAGUUCCGCUACUGGGGCAUGCAGUCCAAAAUAGAACGCUUCAUUCAUGAUGUUGGUCUUAGGAAGGUGAUGGUGCGUGCCCAUCGGCAGGCCUGGUGCUGGCAGGAUGAGUGGUAUGGUCUGACCAUGGAAGAUAUCCGGCAAUUAGAGCUGGAAACCCAGCUGGCCUUGGCCCAGAAAAUGGCACAGUAUGCUGAGGAGGCAACGGAGGCCAAUGGUGGGGCAGACUCCUUCCCUGAGAAGAGCCAGGAGGCUCAGGACACACCCAGCCCAAACCCAGGAGAAGAGGUUACAGUGGUGGACACUCUACAGGCAAGGGGCACACUGACCAAGCAGUGGUCCACAUCAUCCAGGUCCUCCAGAUCAUCCAAGAGAGGAGUGAGUCCAUCCCGUCACAGUAUCUCAGAAUGGAGGAUGCAGAGCAUUGCUCGUGACUCAGAGGAUAACUCAGACGAAGAGUUCUUUGAUGCACAUGAGGACUUUUCAGACAGUGAGGAGAUAUUUCCUAAAGAGAUAGCCAAGUGGAAUUCUAACGAUCUCAUGGAUAAGAUUGAAGCAGGGGAUCUAGAAGAAUCUACAGAAGACAUGUACCAAGACAUGGGAGAAUAUACAAGGACCGCCAGUCAAGAGAGGUUUGAUGAGAUGAGUGGCACAGCUAACAUCCCCAUCAUCACCAUAACCAGGCACCAUUCAGAUGGCUUUUGUCCUCAGUCUUUGCAGUCCUCCAAGAUCCAUGUCCUGAUCCUUGUUCUUCAUGGUGGAAACAUUUUGGACACAGGCUGUGGAGAACAAAGCUCCAAGCAAGGCGACGUCAACACCAUUACUACUGCUUUCGACACAGUCAUGCGCGUGCACUAUCCCUCUGCCCUGGGCCAUAUUGCUAUUCGUCUGGUGCCCUGUCCAGCCAUCUGUGCUGAAGCCUUUUCUUUAGUGUCCAAUUUGAGCCCAUACAGUUAUGAUGAAGGCUGUUUAUCCAGCAGUCAAGACCACAUUCCCCUGGCUGCUCUCCCGCUUCUUGCCACUUCCUCCCCGCAGUAUCAAGAUGCUGUGGCAACUGUAAUUAGUCGAGCCAAUCAGGUCUAUUCAGACUUCCUCCGGUCCCUGGAUGGGGCUAGCUUCUCAGGGCAGGUGUGUCUGAUAGGAGACUGUGUUGGGGGCAUCCUGGGGUUUGAUGCACUCUGCAGCAGCAGUCAGACAGUAUGUGAAAGCCAAAGCAGUAGUCGGCGUGGGAGUGUGGUGAGCGUUCAGGAUCCAGAUCUCCUGUCCCCUGGUAUUAUCAUCAACUGCAGCCAUGACACAGCUUCUUCAGGGAUGUUGUCCACCCUGGAGGGUAGCCGACAGCUUAGCCGCAGUAAUAUUGACAUCCCCCACACUGGAGGUCCUGAUGACCCUAGAAGGCAGCUUCCCCGAAAGAGGAGUGACUCCUCUACCUAUGAGAUAGAUACAAUCAAGCAGCACCAAGCCUUUCUGUCCAGUUUGCACUCCACUGUGCUAAGAAAUGAUCCAAGCUCUCGCAGAUCCAGUAACAGUACAAUGUUGGAGGGCGGUGCGUUAGGGAAGUUUGACUUUGAAGUCGCAGACUUCUUCCUCUUUGGGUCCCCUCUGGGCUUGGUCCUUGCCCUUAGGAAGAUUGUAAUUCCUAUGCUGGAUGUGGCUCAGCUGCGUCCUGCCUGUCAGCAAGUCUACAACCUUUUUCACCCGGCUGACCCAUCUGCCUCGCGCUUGGAGCCCCUGCUAGAGAAGAAGUUCCACCUGCUGCCUCCCUUUAACGUGCCCCGAUACCAACGCUUCCCUCUGGGGGAUGGCAACUCUGCCCUGCUCGUGGAGACAGUGCAAAUUCACCCUCACUUGCUGCUGGAGAGUUUGCAGCACUGUCAGGAAGUGGUCAGUGAGACAUGCAUCUCCGUGCCUGUACUCAACUGGCCUAAGAACACGUCCAGGGCCACAUCCUCAUCUCUCGACUCGGAUGUUGUUCAGUCUCAUGGUGGUGUCUUCAUGGACAGUUCGUACCCCUCUUCCCCCAUAACCGCCCCCCAGUCCCGGGGACCAGUGCGGCGAGCCAGUGAGGUCAGCAUUGCCAGCCAGGUCUCAGGGAUGGCAGACAGUUACACUGCCUCCAACAUAGCCAACACAAACACAAGCCAAGUUAAUAAAACGAAAAAAUCCAGCCUUUUGGCCCAACUCGCCUUGACGUCUCAAAAGUUCUUCCCAAGGAGCCUUUCUCCCAAAUCACAUAGAAAAGAAAAGAGUGUCUUCUUGCCAUCACCAGACCUAGAUCCAGAUGCUGAGGCAAGUCCAUAUUCUCCAUUGGGUUUUCAGCGAACCAACACAGCUUCCUUGGAUUUUGCCAUGUGUGAUCUGGUUUCUAUGGACUCACAGCCAGACAUUGACGAAGUUGCUGCCCGCUGGUGGGGCACUAAGCGUCUGGACUUUGCACUCUACUGCCCUGAUGCACUGACAGCCUUCCCCACUGUGGCAUUGCCCCAUCUUUUUCAUGCCUCAUACUGGGAGUCCACAGACGUUGUGUCCUUCUUGUUGAGGCAGGUCAUGAGGCAUGACAGUUCCAGUAUUUUGGAGCUGGAUGGCAGAGAGGUGUCAGAGUUUACACCUUCUAAGCCACGUGAAAAAUGGCUGAGGAAGAGAACUCACGUUAAGAUCCGAAAUAUGACGGCCAAUCACAGAGUAAAUGACUCAGUUUUCACAGAAGAUGCUCCGAAGGUUGUGACAGGACGUUUUAUGUAUGGACCACUUGAUAUGGUAACCUUGGCUGGUGAGAAGGUGGAUGUACAUAUUAUGACCCAGCCACCUUCAGGGGAAUGGGAAUAUCUUUGUACAGAGGUGACCAACAGCAGUGGCCGCAUCUCUUACACAAUUCCAGAACAAGAGGGCAAACGACUUGGUGUUGGCGUCUACCCAAUUAAGAUGGUAGUCAGAGGUGACCAUACCUAUGCUGAUAGUUAUCUGACAGUGCUCCCUCCUGGCACUGAAUUUGUGGUGUUCAGCAUAGAUGGCUCUUUCGCUGCUAGUGUGUCCAUCAUGGGUAGUGAUCCUAAAGUCCGGGCAGGUGCAGUGGAUGUGGUCAGACACUGGCAGGACCUAGGUUACCUGAUCAUUUACGUGACAGGUCGACCAGACAUGCAGAAGCAGCGAGUGGUGGCUUGGCUAUCCCAGCACAACUUCCCUCACGGCAUUGUAUCUUUCUGCGAUGGCCUCGUCCAUGACCCACUUAGACACAAGGCUAACUUCCUUAAGUCACUCAUCACUGAGGCUCACAUGAAAGCAUGUGCAGGUUACGGCUCCACCAAAGAUAUUUCUGUAUACACCUCCAUCGGCCUGUCUCCCUCCCAGAUCUACAUUGUUGGCAGACCCUCCAAGAAGAUGCAGCAUCAGUGUCAGUUCAUAACAGAUGGCUAUGCGGCCCACCUCUCUCAGCUCGAGUACACACAACGCUCUCGUCCAGCCAAAGCCAGCAGUGCACGCAUGGUUCUACGCAAGGCCAGUUUCGGCCUUGGAGCCAACACAGAUUUCCUGCGCAAGCGCAACCACGUCCUACGCAGCAUGUCAUCACAGCCAGCACCCAGCUCACCCACCAGCGUCCACGUGAAGCCGGAGCGUACUCAGAGCCAGUCAGACGGUGAGCGGAUGCACACGGAACGGCCUGAGCGUGGCCAGGCCCAACGCAGUAUGAGCCUGGCAGCCGGCUGCUGGGGGCGCAGCAGCACCUCCAAGCUAGAGUCACGCCCUUUCUACCCCAAAAGCUAGAGAAGAGUGACAAAUGGGGUGCUGGGAGAAGCUUAGAAAGAAAGGAAUGGAGUGAUACAGAAAGUGGACAGAAAGAAUAAUAUUGAACAUUGGACAUAACAUUUAGAAGAAAGAUGCUCAGUUUAUGAACAACACAGAUUGAGUUUUGACCUAUAAAUUAUUACUCCACUGUUUUUCAGAAUAAUCUCUAUUUGCCAUAUAUGUAUUGAGGAAGGAACAGACAAAAAAGCACUUCUGGUUAUUUGGUUUUCCUUAAGGUUUUCUGGCAUCCACGUCAGAGCCUGUGAAAACUCUCACUAUUACACUAGUAACAACUUAAUUUAAAAAUUCUGUGGAUUCAUGAAAGUAUUCUACAAAAAAUGUUUUGCAUAAGCAUUAACUGAAAGAAUUAAGCAGCUUCCUAAUGGCUUCUUUUAGAAGUUUAUUCUGGCAAUAGCGUUCAAAUUACUGUCUUUUGUAACUGACAGUAUGCUAAUAGAGAUUAGACUGAAAACUGAAAAAUGCUGAAGUAUUCUUUUAGAACUGCCAAAAGUGACUUAUAACACAAGAGGAGUGAACAGAGCUGUCAAAGGUCAAAAGUGGCAAAUGAACAACAGUAGACCCCUAUGGUGCUACAAAAAAAAUACAUUAACUAAAUCCACCAUGAACAGAGACAGCAUUUACGCAGUCUACUGGACUAUAAUGGUCAAAUGGUCUCAUUUCAGCUGAGGAGUUCAAAAAUGAGGACACAUGGAGACCUGGUUACCUUCCUAAGAGUGUCUCAAAUUCACAAUACACUGUAAAACUAUGAUAAUGCUUUUAAAAGUAUCAUUAUGUUCAGCCUCACAUAUUGCACACACAACCUCAAAUCUUGACAAGACUGAUUGCUUUGUCCCUCUACUUUGACUUCUGAACAUUUUUUUGUCUGAACAUGGUUUUAUCCACCUUCUCUACUUAUGUGUACUGAUUUCUGUAAACUGCUCUUUAUCAAGUAUGUAAGACUGUUGGCUGUGUGUGUGUGUGUGUGUGUGUGUGUGUGUGUGUGUGUGUGUGUGUGUGUGUGUGUGUGUGUGUGUGUGUGUGUGUGUGAGAAAAAGACAGGGAUUAAGAAAGAAUUUUGGGAUUAAUGUUUCUUUAGAUUAGUGGUUGACUAUUUUAGCUUCAAACAAUCAGUUUUACCAUGUAAAGCUGCUGUUCUGUUGUAGAUUGUCCUGUAUGGGAGAUCAUUUGACAAUGUGAGUAAAUAUGCACAAAAAGACUCAUACUUUGACUGUAUAAUUAUGAAGUGGUAUAUGUACAUUGAUGUACAAAGUAGUCAACAUUGGUAUAUCUAUCUUUUGGGCCAUAUCCAAUUACAAGAUGAUGUUUUAUUAUCAUGAUUGUUUUUAAAAAGAAUUUACUUGACAGUUUUCUGCUUCUUUGUUCAAGAGAGUAAUUUGUUUUUGCUGAUGUAUGUAGUCAAUCUAUUCCCAAUACAUGUUUAUAUGCAAUUAUUAGUGAAUACUAAUAGAUUCUGUUUAUCUUUCAGCGGGUAGAAUAUUUUUGAUGUCGCUUUGCUCUUUCAUGCCAUAGAAGUGCACUGGUGUCAUCAAAGGCUUGAGCAAAGUUUUUUCAUUUAUCACAAGCUCUUUUAGAACUUUUCUUUGGUUGCACAUGAAGCCUUGGAUGUGCUUUGAUGUUACACUGAAUAUGAUAAGAAGUUUGUAUAGUAUAACUUUGUAAGUUCAUAAAUAAAAAAAUGGUCAAUAUUGUGUACAUACUGUAAAAACUGUAAAUGUAUUCAGUGUUGGAUUUGGACAGAGUAAGGGUUUAUGUCAUUUUUAAAAACAUGAUCAUAUGGAGGUUUAUGAUACUGAAAUAAUGUGGAUGUGAAUUCAUAAAUAUUGCUGUACCAAUGAAGUAUUUGACUAAUACAGAGAUUGGGAGCUGAGGGCUGGAGUCCAGGAUGGUUUGAUAAUUUCCACGUGUUAACACCCCUGUUAGUACUAAACGUGAUAAUUAACUGCUACAUUGAAUCAGGUUCAGCAAAGAAAUCACCACACUGUACAGGAAUUCAGCCGUCCAGCACUACUAGUCUAGUACCAGAUGUGCCAACAACUGCACAGAGACAACAACUUUGUUUGACAUCUAUUUGUAAUCUGUUUUCUUGGGAUCAGUCAAUCAGUUCACAGUAACAACUGAUUAAAUCGAUCAAAUGCCCAUUUUGCUCACAACGAUUUAAGGUUUUAUUUCAAGAUGUACCCUACAUUUACAGUCAUUUAGUUAUGUCAUGAGUCUUUUCAUCCCUGACCCUUCUUUUUCUUUUGCCCAGUUUCUGCGAAUAUAAAAAGUCUAUUGUAAAAAUUGUAUUGUUUCAGGAUCUAGUAGUGUCAGAGCAGGUAUAACUCACAGUCUUAAAGCCAAAGUGCCUCUUUCCCCCAAAUUCCAUUACAUAAUUAUGCAUCUUUUGGGCACAAAGACAAAGUGUUAGUUUAUUAAUUAUUGUCUGAUGACAUGAUUUUUAAAAAACGACUGAUACGUUCAAAAAUGACUCUAAAAAUAUAUUUUAGGUCUCAGUGACCAACUUUUAAUAGUGUGUUUUAUUGGCACAAAACAAUAAACAGGCACAAAACAAUGCACAAAAGGGACAAGCGUCUGAUGUGAACAUGACAUUGAUGGUGCAUUUGUAAAUAAAUCAAGUCCACAGACAUUUGGCAUAUAUCUGAUGUUUUGUUUUGAGCUAACAGUUUGCAUUUACCCUUGCAGUAUCUUAAAAUAUAAUUUGGUUCUUGGAAACAGUUUUUGCUACUGAUAUGCAUACACAAACACAUACACAAACAAUUCAGUGCAUCACGAAAUGCAAUUGCGAUUGAAUUCUAUUUGCUUAUUUUGCUACCAUGCAAAUCUGACUGUAGGUCAUGAAUGUAUUAUUAAAAAUAUUAAAUUAUA